AUGGGAAACACCAGCAGUUCGCACAAGAUCUCGGACCAGGACCGAGCAAUCCUCGAAAUCAAGAACAAGCGCGAUAAAGUCCACCAGUAUCAGCGACGCAUCACCUCCCUGACCCAGCGCGAGACCGAAAUCGCCAAAGAAUGCCUGGCGCGCAAUGAUCGCCGCAGGGCCCUGCUAGCCCUGCGGCGCAAGAAAUACCAGGAGUCAUUGCUCGCCAAAACAGACCAGCAGCUCUCCCAGCUGGAGCAGCUGGCCGGAGAUGUCGAGUUUGCGCUCGUGCAGAAGGAUGUGCUCUACGGUUUGCAGCAGGGUAACCAGGUCUUGCAGGCGAUUCACAAGGAGAUCGGUGGGAUCGAGAGUGUAGAGCGACUGAUGGGGGAGACGGAAGAGGCGCGCGCUUAUCAAGAGGAGGUGAGCCAAAUGCUAGCGGGCCAUUUGUCGAAUCAAGAUGAAGACGAGGUCGAGGAUGAAUUGGAGGCACUGCAGAACCAGCUUGCGCCGCCGGUGAAGAUGCCCGAGGCUCCGACGGGUGAACUGCCUCCUGGACAGGUAUAUGAGGAGCAGCCGACAGCAAGUGAAAGGGCCAAAGCCAGAGCCAAGGCCCGCACCGCUGCUGCCCCUUUGGCGGCAUGA